GUCCCUAGAAAUGCCGGAACGUUCGCUGCACGACGCGGCAACGUCGCGUGUGCCGCGCCGCGCCCCUUCGACCUCAGCGUCACUAGCGUCAGUUGCCGCGACCACGCCGCGCGAUAGACAUGGUUUCCCGAGAAUCCCGAGUGAAUUGGUCGGACGGUGAUAUUUUGAGGUUGAUUAAAGUAUUGAAGAAACAUGUCUGUAUCUGGAAUCCUGACGACGAGCUGUACGGCGAUAGAGUGCACCUGGCGGAGACUUGGGACAAAGCCGCGAAAACGCUGGGUAUGCCAGAAGAUGCCAUCCGCAUAAAAUGGAAGAACCUCCGCGAUUGCUUCAAGAAAGAAGUAAAAAAGAACGACGUUACUACCAAAGACGACUACAGGGGAAGAUGGCGGUACUUCAAGCACUUGGCCUUCCUCCUACGAUCAGGGGAAGAGGGAGAGGAACAAAUAGACACAGACAGCGAGCCAGAAGAGAAGGAGAUAGAAAUAGAAUAUGAAACUAAAUACGUCCCAGACGCAGAUGUCGAAGCGUAUACUUUAGAAGAAGACCCCAUUCCUGAGAAACGCUUCAAAAGAGAUGACGUCGACUUUGACAUGAUGUUUUUGAAGUCGCUGACGCCGUUUUUAAGGCAGCUGGAACCCACGAGGAAUUUGGUGAUUAGGAGCAGGAUGCAAGAUAUGUUGCUGAAUGAGAUAGCUGCGCAGAAUAUGGGUAGGAGGAAUUUAUAGCGAUGCGAAAGUGCACGCAAAGACAGAGACUACUCUAUAGAGUCUAUAGUCAAACGCGAAUAUGAAAAUUAAAAUUAACUUAUUUUCUAGUUACCUACUUGAAAAGAUUACGAGGCUUGUUCUCGUUUUGACAGUGCUUGGCUGUGAAGCUGUGUAUUUGUAAUAAUGUGCAACGUGGUGAUUGAUUUAUGAAGGAAAGACAGAGUUCACUUUGUUCAGUGUUUGAAGAGUAUACACUUACCUAAAUACAAGAUUAAUAAGAUUAUUGACAUUUUAAGACUA